UCCAUACACGGAAAGCUUGUGAUCGUGGUGCUGAUAGACAGACAUUGGAUCUGAAAGUCAAAGAUCUACCUUCAACAUGUCUGGACCAGGCUACCCAUCUCCAAACCAGCCUCCAUAUCCCAUGUCACAGCCGGGUGGACACUCCAUGCCACCCUAUCCAAUGGGAGGUUAUGGAGAUCCUGGGCAAAAUGCACCACCAGCAGGAUUCCAAGUAGGGUACCAACCAGUUCCAGAUCAGCCAAUCAUGUAUCAGCCUGGUCCAGUUAGUCCAGGACCUCAGCCGGGUCAACCGUACGGAGUGCCUGCAGCUGUACCUGCACCAAUAGCAGUGCCUGCUGGAGUACCACCGGGUCUGGAGUACCUCACUCAGAUUGACCAGAUCCUUAUUCAUCAGAAAGUGGAGUUGUUGGAGGCAUUCAUUGGCUUCGAGACCAACAACCAGUACGAGAUCAAGAACAGUCUGGGUCAGAAGAUCUACUCCGCCAAAGAGAAAAAUGACUGCUGCACACGCAACUGCUGUGGUGCCCUGCGCAGCUUUGACAUGAAGAUCAAAGACAAUAUGGACCGAGAGGUCAUACGACUGAUCCGACCUUACCGCUGCGUGUCCUGCUGGUGCCCCUGCUGCCUGCAAGAGAUGGAGAUUCAGGCCCCUCCGGGAACCCCCAUAGGCUACGUAAAGCAGGACUGGCACCCCUGUUACCCCAAAUUCUCCAUCAUGGGACCCAACAAGGAGACUGUGAUGAAGCUUGAGGGGCCCUGCAUGGCCUGCAACUGCUGUGGAGACGUACACUUUGAGCUCAAAGGCAAGGAUGGCACUGGGAAGCCUAUUGGUCGGAUCAGUAAGCAGUGGACUGGUCUGUUGAAGGAAGUCUUUACCGACGCCGACAACUUCGGUAUUCAGUUCCCUCUGGAUAUGGAUGUUAAGAUGAAGGCUGUACUUAUGGGAACUUGCUUUCUUAUCGAUUUUAUGUUCUUUGAGAAAGUUGGAGACACAAACCAGCGCAACACUGUGUUCUCUUAAAGCUCCUAACACAUUACUCACAAAUCUGCUUAUUUUCUAACUAACAGAUCAGUCUGGAGGAUUUUCAGGUUUGGUUUUUUUUAAACUACGUCCACUGGAUGACCUCAUAUUCUGGAUUUUGUUAAUUUUCUACAUUGGCCACCAAAGCCUACAACAACUGCCACUGCACUGCAACCAGAAACACGCUGAGGGUUAUUGUAUAGCGUUCAUGUGAUCAGAAAUGUUUACGUUGACAAGCAUGAUGUCAUCAUGAAUAACUGUCCACUGGUGCCUUUUACACACUCACUGCCUACAGUAAUUACAAACCACUGUUCCAGCAGUACAAGCAGAUGCAUUUAUACACCUUUGUUACUAAAAAUAUCAUACACCGUUACAUGCAACUAUGUGGAUGUUUUUUCUAAACCUAUCUCUUGCAUAAAGUACAUAUAUAUAUUUUUUUGGAAUUUAAGUUUUAUUGUGGUAAAUGUAUAGCCUUUUGUUACAACAGCCAAAUAUGACAUUAUGAAGAGGUUACAUAACGAGUUACACUUUAAUAAUUUACUGACUCCGGCAACAGCUGAGAGAAGGAAAAAAGCAAGUAGAUUUAUUUUUUGUUUGUGUUUGUAGAUUUAAAGCAGAUAGAAUGUCAUUUUGUAAUAAUAGUUUUUUUUCCAGGAAAUGAAGAAGUGUCCUACAGAGGGCGCUUGAUACAGUACAUAUCUACACAAAAAAAAUGUCUAAACCUGAACAUCUAUUGACAUACUAUAAAAAGAAUAUGCAUAUAUGAUCUAUAAUUUUCAAGAGUGAACUUAGGUGACCGGUAAGAGGUAAAUCUAAGAUGCUCCUAAAUAUUUCUGGGUAUUUGCCUGCUAUUUUAUGCCAUAUUUUGACAUUGUAGUCUUGGCUGGUUGUGUAGAAACUAGCAUUAUACCAAAAGGGCAAUAUACUGAAAAUAAUUAGCCAUGUUUAAAAACGUUUUGUUUAUUGUCUGUUUAGAUGACCAAUAGAGAUGCAUGCAUAUAUGAUUUCUUGUUAAUGUGACUGUAUUUAUUUGCCUAAUAGGCAAAACGAGUAGUAACAUUUUACAUAAUAAAUGCGUAAUCUUA